AUGGAAGAUGCCAACGUCUUAGUUGACAUCACGGGAGGGAAUUUUAACAAGUACAACUGGACCUGUACAACGGACCAAGUCUCGUGCACUGUGGAAAAACUGAGCGAGGUUAUCGAAAGCUGCGAAGAUCAUAUUCAAUCCUACGUGAUCCCUUACACCUCCAACUACACCGACAAAAAGGCUUUAAAGUUUGCUUGCCAGAAUAACAACCUAUUCAAGCAGUGUAUCAACUCCAAGAUACCGGCAUCAUGCCUGAAGUAUGACAAACUCAUGGAAUCAGACGGACUCAAACAGUUAAUUAACGUAUACGAAGAUUACAGAUGGACAUGCAAGCUGGGAAUCACAUCAGGCUGCACUACCGAAAUUCUGACAGAGAAACUGAAGGAAUGUCGAGGAUUCAUCGACUUCGUUGUCAAACCGAAUGCGGCCUUAUCAUUUUCAAUGCAGGAUUCAUGUCUAGGCCUCCAGGACUACAGAACAUGCGUGUACACUGGCAUAAUGGAGUCAUGCGCUACCAACGCGACGCAAAUUGCCAAUAGCACUGCAGUGGAUCAAUACCUCUACCAGGUUAUGAACAAGCACGCAUCCGUGUGCCGUCAGGACACACAACCAGUUCCAGAAUGCAACGAGAAAGUUGUCACGGAAAAACUGAGGCGCUGCAAAGGGAUCAUUACCUGGCUUGUCCUGCCCAACAUGGAAAAACCGGACGAUGACGAACAGCAGCAGCUCGCAUGUGUCGCCGUGGCUGACUACCAAGCGUGCGUGGCAAAAUCUACCCGCCAGUUAUGCCCUAACACCAACAUCUACAGUGACGACACAAUGGACGAUCUCACGGGAGGCCUUUACACAAAGUAUAGCUCGACUUGCCGUCACAGGAAAAAGAGCACCACAACGUUAGCACCACCAGUCCAAGCGACAACUGUGCACAUAAGGAAGACACCGCACUGCUCUGAAAAGUCUGCAACAAAAGCACUCAUGGAAUGCAUGGGAUUUAUGCACGUGAAAGUCAUGCCCAACGCCGGCGCACGGCAAGAUCCCGAAAAGCUGAAAGUAGCCUGCAGGUCUAUGAAACACUACCAGCAAUGCGUUAAUGAAAAAAUACGAAUUUGUGCGAAUCACAGUGAGGUGACUGAAUCUCUUCUGAUAAAGUACUACACUGACGAGUUGUACCGAAAAUACGAAUGGACAUGUGAGCCUGCCACUCCCAAAGCCGUGUGUAACCCGUUUUUGGUUCUGGGGCCUCUGGAGAAUUGCUCCAAACAACUCAACGCGGCAGUCCAUGGGUUAUAUCCCGAGGAAGUCACUACAUGGAAGACAGACGAAGCCUGCACGGCCGUCUCGAUAUACCAGGACUGUGUGAAUUCGAAGUUGAACUUAAAGUGCGGCCUAAAAGUCUUGCCUCAAACGCCGCAUGUUUUGCACUACGUUCGGGACUUGUACAACAAAUACAACUGGACAUGUAAGACGGGUCAGGCUGAUAACUGCGAUGGCAACGAGGUCAUGGACUCCUUGACUGAGUGCCUCGGCUUCUUGAAUGUGCUGGUCCUCCCAUACAUAGCGAACUCAAGCAAGAAUGCGUCACUUGAAACGGCGUGCACGGGAUACCAAGAGUUCAAGUACUGCAUAUCGUCAGCCAUCAACGCAAAAUGCCCGCGCAGCCCGUACGCCCUGCGGCUGCCUCGUGUGCAGUACUUCACCCACGAUCUGGUGCAGAACUACAAGUGGACGUGCGACGCUGUUCAUCAGAAAAAACGACAAGCAUGCCGAAGCGAUGAGCUUGUAGCACAACUGGAGAAGUGCUAUGGCGACCACGUAAAAGCGAAAGUGAUCCCGAAUGCCGAUCCUGGAAGUGGGCUGGAAAAACUUCAACGCGCCUGCAGCGCACUCAACACGUACCAGGAAUGUGUAAACGAGGAAAUUACGGGCAGCUGCGCUGGAAACCAAGGUCAGGUGCUCCUACUAGAUGCAGUGAAGAAUUACACCUAUUCCGUGUACGAGGAAUACCAAUGGACUUGCGACAACCACCCUGAUUGCAACAAGAACAGUCUCUUGAAUGAACUCACCAGUUGCAAAGGAAUAAUGAUGACGAAAGUAAUACCAAAUGCCGUUAACAUAUCCGACGUAUCAAAGCUUAGUGAAGCAUGCCGGGGCACUCGCCUUUACCAGGACUGCGUCCGUCAGAAAAUGACCGCUAAGUGCUCUGCGGAAUCGCCAUUGUUCCUUCUUCCUGAGGUGGCCCACUUCUCCUUUGCGACGUACAACAAGUACAACUGGACUUGCUUCCGCAAACGAGAAGGACGAGCCAGCGAGAGUAUAAACAAGAUUGGAAUCGUCAAACAGCUCAAAGAAUGCUAUGGAUUUAUACUUUUCGGUGUCAAGCGGCCUUUUCGGAACAAUUUCAAAGAUAAAGCAAUGCGUGAAGCCUGCCUGAGCGUGAAGGACUAUCAGAAAUGCGUACGAGCGAAGCUCGAUCACUUCAGCAGCCAACACGUGUCACUGCCGGAUAGCCAAGAUGUGAAGUACUACUCUGCCCGCCUGUAUAGCAAAUACAACUGGACCUGUGACAGCUUGAGCGUUGGACUAAAAAGUCACCAGUGCAACGUCGACACGCUUGAGUCUGGCCUGAAACAAUGCAAAGGUCUUGCGGACUACGCAGUAGCUCAGGAAAAGAACAAAACCGACCUGAACAGCGUUUGCGAGUAUUACCUGGACCACCAAACAUGCGUAGAAAGCCAGCUUCAAGAAUGCCGGUUCUUCCCUUCAGUACUCAAGCUUUCACGCAUUCGAAGACACACAGGGCUUCUCAACGACAGUUACAAGAGCUACUGUUCUUUCUUAAUGCCAGAUAAGCCACAGUGUUCUUCUGGUACGCUGUCUGAGCUGUACGAACAGUGCCUUGGAUUCAUCAGUUAUGGAGUUGUUCCAAACUUGGGCUCCGACACUACCGAAUUAGACUUGCCUGCUGUUCAGAGGUACCUUGACAACUACAAGGGCUGCAUCCAAGAAGUGACAAAGCUGGCCUGUGGGAGCGCUGAGAUGUCGCAAGAAGUGCAGAUGUCCCUGGCAAAUCCUGUGCAGAUCGUCAAAAAGUACUCCCGUUUCAUUAGCACGAACAACUGUUCUGAAAGCAGUCUUAGCUCAGCAUUACGUGAAUGCGACGGAAUUUGGGACCUUGAUGUGGAGCCUCUCUUAAAAUACACUGACAACAGUGAUCUCAUACAAGCCUGCAGCUCAAUCGAAAUAUUUGGAAACUGUGUCAAGCAGAAAGUCAUUCCUUUAUGCGAAAAAAUGGAGGUUGCAUCUAGCCACCAAAGUGUCCACUCGUACCUUUCAAAUGCUCUUGACGUGUACAAGACGAUAUGUUCCAGGGAUCUGAAUGCAGUGAACGAAGCCAUGUGCAGCAAAACGGAACUCGUGGCAGCAUUCAGCGAAUGUGGAGGCAUAAUAGAGUACAGAGUUAUUCCUUUCGCCGAUGACCCAUAUGAUAAAGUGAAGCUCGGCAUCGCCUGCAGUGGCGUUCGCGAAUACAAAAGGUGCAUAUUUUCACGGCUUACUCCUGUGUGUGAAGACAAGGUUGUGCCCAUGAGUAAUGAGGUCACAAAAUACCUGAGGAAUUACUACAAUCUGUACGACUGGACGUGCAAUACGACCGAGCCUCAAAGCCACUGCGACAAAGAGGAACUGAAGAAAAAUCUGGCGAAAUGUGUGGGGCUCCUAAACAAGGAGUUUGACGUCUCCGUCAUGGGGCUAAACACCGAGUAUCUCUGCACUUUUCUAGAAGACUACAAGCUGUGCCUCAGCAUGCGAACCAGUCCUGAAUGUCGCAGAGACGACGCCGUCAUGCGGUCUCCGGAUAUCAUCUAUUAUACAACUGAGAUCAUAUCAAAAUUUAUGGGCCUAUGUAAUAUGAUUGACGUCAAAGAGUGCAACAAGAACACAAUUCUGGAAUCUGUUCACAAAUGCAAGGGACUCGUCGAUUACGCGCUGAUUGACAGCAUUCAAGACAGUGGAGACAUUGAUGCUAUGAAGCAAGCAUGCGGUGGACUUUUCAAUUACCGGCACUGCGUGCACUCUGAGAUCUUCAAGGUUUGUGACGCUUCUAGCCCUACCUUGCAAGACACAACCGUUCAACAGUACGCAGUAGGCGUACCAAGAAACUUAUCUUGGGUCUGCGACUUGAACACAAAACCUGAGGACUGCACUGUAAAGAACAUUCUGCCUUCGAUCUCAGAAUGUCAGGGCUUCAUCGAAGGCAUUGGAGAUCCUCACAACCUCCGAAAGUCUGAUUCAUUCGCUCUGAACAUAGCUUGCAGCUUUGUUCAGCAAUAUAGAGAAUGCAUCGACCUGAACAUUCGCUCUGUUUGCAAAGAGCCUAAAGUAUUGUCGGAAAUAUCAGAAAUUAGCUUUUACACGCAAGACUUAUACCACAAAUACUUGUGGACCUGUGAACGAAAGAAAACAGGUACACUUUGUAACAUUGACGACCUGACCGUCCACCUGAAGCAGUGCGAAGUGUUCCUAAUACCUGGAGUCGUUCCAUAUGUUGACAACACAUUCGAAACGCUCAAGUACAGCUACGUUUGCGAGAGCUUUGCUGCGUAUUCCAAAUGUAUACAAAAAAUGAAGUCAACCAUCUGCGGGAGUAAAGACAUCACUGCGUCACCAGAAAUUAAGAUGUUGCUAUACAAUAAGGUAAAUGAAUAUAGGUGGUACUGCAGCUCCAAGAAAAUUGGAAAUGGUGACUGCAACGAAGAGCACCUUGAAGAUGAGCUCAAGCACUGCUUGGGCUUCGUGAAAACUGUUGUGAGGCCUAAAGUUCUGGGAGCAUACAACGCUUCUGACACGAAAAUGGCAUGUUCUGCACUUGAGGACUACAAGUAUUGUGUGAUUUCGAAAAUAAGCAAACAUUGUGGUUACGAUACCACGGUCGUGCAAAAGCCAUCAAUUAGGAAGUACCUGUUCGACUUGUACGACAAGCACAAGUGGAUAUGCCAGGAGCAUAUCGUUACUGAUUGCACCGCGAGGCACGUUAUGGCACACGCAAAAAGUUGCGAACUGCAUUUAAAUUUCACAUCAUCAUCUCCGCUCGCAGCGAGGGAUCCAGACAGCAGUACAGUGGUCUGCAGAGGUUUGCACCAAUACCAUUCUUGCUUUAAAAGAAGCUACUUGGCACUUUGUGGCCGGGCAAAAACCGUACAUCUUUGGAAUACUAUAACAUCUAUGGCCUCGAAGCGAGCAAAACCUACGCACGAGGCCUGCUUGAAACAUAAGGACCCUAUAAAUAUAGAUUCGUGCAACACAAAAGUUCUCGCAGAAAGAUCGCGAAGGUGUCAAGGCAUCGUUGACACCAACCUAAUUCCAAAUAUCCGCAAAAAGAACAACAGCCCUAAGAUAAACGAGGCAUGCAGUGCAUACAAGCAGUUUCAGCACUGUCUCCGCCAAAACCUUGGCCACUGCAACAUCUCAAUUGCCCCCAAUAAAGACAUCCUGGAAAACUACAAGUGGGUCUGUUCCGAGGCAUUCAACCACAGUGCGACAGCUACGUGCAAUGAAACCGAACUUCUGAGCGAGAUACAAGGCUGUCUCGGCAUCAUGUAUUUUAUUGUGAUCCCUAAUGCUGGGCAAAAAAGUAAGCCAGCGAUUGCAAAAGCCUGCGAGGGCCUCAAGCAUUACCAGAAUUGUGUCCUCAGCAAAACGUCGCGCGUAUGCGCCACCAAGGUACUUGUACGAUCAACUAAGGUGAGACGGCUGACGCGUCACAUCAUGAAAAAGUUCAGCUGGACCUGCUCGUUGAGUGGUCAAGAUCAGAACUGCAAAACGCACAGUAUUGUGGAUCACCUCAAAACGUGCCUCGGGUUUAUUGACUUGGCCGUCGCACCGAACAUAUUUUAUCCCGAAGACAAGGCGAAAAUGCAGAUGGCUUGUAGCGGCCUUGAGGACUAUCAAGACUGUGUGGACAGCAAGAUAUAUGAAAUGUGUCCCCCGCUUAACAAAUACCUCAAACGAAAAGAUGUCAAGCUUUUCACGGAAUUUCUUCCAAGCAAGUACAGCUGGGUCUGCCACACAAGCUACUCGCAUCAGUGCACUCUUCGAAACCUCAUGGAGAACCUGAAGAUCUGCCGUGGACUUGUAACAAGUGUGUUGUUCGCCAAACUGGAUAGCGGGAAGCUCGUGGGCGACAACCGUCCAAUGGCGUGCAGUGCCUUGCAGUCAUUCGAGCUCUGUGUCACGGUGCAAAUAGGAAGGAUAUGCAGUCCCGACGACCUGGUUCUGCACCAUCACGACAUAAGAGCGGCUACAACCGAAAUGCUCGACGCAUACGGAUGGGUUUGCAAUGACACCAGUUCCGUGGACUCCACUUUCGUGGACACUGCUCUUGUAUUCCGAAAGAGUGGCUGCGAGGACGAUCUAUUGAGAGACCGGCUCACGCAUUGCCGAGAACUGUUCAACAAAACUGCUCCAGCAGAACUUGCCACCGAUAAAUUUCACGCCGGAGAUAUCGAACUGACCUGCAAGGCAGUGAAGUCGUAUGAGCAGUGCACACGAGCUGCUCAGCUUGAGCUCUGUUCUAAGACGGGAGAGAAUGCCAUUAUUUCAGAGUAUUCUAGAGACCUUUACAAGGAGUACAACUGGACGUGUAACUUGGCUUCAGAUGCUCUGUGCGACGAGUCGUUCCUGCUGAAGUCUAUACCAGCAUGUCUUGCCGUCCUCAAGAAUGAAGUCAUUGAGCACGUUGGUAGCAUAUCAAACGCCAAGGCACAGAAAAUGGCAUGCGAGGGAUACAAGCGGUACCAAAGCUGCGUUAAGUAUAUAGUUGACUCGAGCUGUCAGAACAUCGAUAUCGUCAACACGGCAAGCCACGUAGGAAUUAUGGCAUUCUUGACAAGAAGGCUUGCUUCGAGCUUUCAGUGGGCGUGCAAUGGGUUUCACUGCAGCAGCCCUGCGGUAACUACAAGCAUUCGAGAAUGUGUGCGCAGUCUAGAAGAACUUUCGAAUUCCUUCACCAGAAACGACAGAGUUAAUCCUUGCGAGAAAGUUACGGCAUAUAGAGAGUGCAUCCUGAAGAAAAUGGACCUGCCCUGUAGGCUGAAUCAUCACCUUUUGGAGUCGAAGGAACUGGAACAUUACACAGACGUUUUGUACAACGCCUUUGACGGAUUCUGCAGCGGAGUUCAGUCAGAGUGCAACAAAGAGGAAAUGUUGCAGUCCUUGUACAAAUGCGAAGAAAUUAUCCUCAAGCAAGUUCAGCCGCACACAACAGACAGGGGCAACGCCUAUGAAAGCCGAUUGGCGUGCAGAGGCCUUCACGAGUACAAGUGGUGUGUAUCGAACGUCAAAACAAUGUUUCACUGCAAGAGCGAUGACGAAUUUGACACUGAAGGGGACGUUGACAAGCUAGUUGUUGCCAUCGAGGAAAAGUACAACUGGACGUGCGAACAGGACGCAAAAACGUGCAAUGCUCCUAAAUUCAAGUCCCACCUCAAGUCAUGCUUCUCUAUUCUGGCAACGGAUGUACUUCCGCACAUCUUAGAUUACGAUAACGCCAGCGGGAUGGACCUAGCUUGUCGAGGUGUGCACCAGUACCAGGUCUGCGUGAGCAAGAAGCUGUACAGUCUUUGCAAACAAGACAAGCCGGUAUACUCAAAUGAGAUGCUGUACUUUAGAGACAAGGUAACGAGCUUGUUAUCCUGGACAUGCAGCUGGACGUCUCCUAGGGGACGCUGCGAUGUCCACGGCAUGCUUCAAAAGAUGGCCCUUUGUGCGUCUGAACUCGAACAAGCAGGCAUUCCCACUGGUCCAGCUAACAACAGCAUCAGUGAAAAAAUGGCGGGCUGCAGAGCUUUCACAACGUACAAGACAUGCCUGUCCGGCACAAUCCCUGAGACGUGCAACAAAGAGACGAACCUAAUGGAAAGCAAGGCUGUUCACCACUUUACAGUCGACAUUCCCAACAAAUACGCGCGCUACUGCGAUUACAAAGAUGGCAACGUGGAAAUUGCCAGACAGCUGUCACGAUGUGACGAGGAGUCUUUGAGGAUGCGGUAUAUUGAAUGCAGUCAAAUUAUUUCUACGGAAGUGAUACCGUACACUGAUGAACCAAGUGAUUCGCCACUGCUCAACGAUGCAUGCAAGGCGAUGAGGAAGUACCAGAACUGCAUCGCGAAGAUUCCUACGCAAGAUUGUUCAAACGGUCUUAAGAUCCCAUUUUCUGAAGAAUCCCGGUACUAUGUGUCAGUGCUCAAGAAAAAGUACGAGUGGGUGUGCAAUGGCAAUGGCGAUUACAUGUGCAACCCCGAAAUAUUACUUCUCUAUUUGUCCAAGUGCGAAGCAACGUUUAUGAAAUCGCACGUUAAUGACUACGUCGACGUCGACGUACUUGGUGUCACAGACUGCAGGGAAGUCCAAAACUACCAAUGGUGCUUGAGAAAUUCAAUAUUUGAGUCAGACUGCGAGUAUUACCAAAACAUACUGACAUCACCCGAAGUCCUCUACUUCACGGACAAACUUCUCAGACCGUAUACCAAGAGCUGCCACAUGAACCUAGAUUGCCAGAUUGGUACAUUGUACAGUCAGUUGUCGGAAUGCACACCAAUUAUAAAAGUUAAGGUCCUGCCGUUCGUCCAGCGAGGCUGGGUGCAGAACCCCAUCACUGCUUGCGGUGGCACCAGGGAAUACCAGAAGUGCUUCAGGCAAGCGAUGCAAAAAACAACCUGUGACAGGAAUACGGCACUGUUUAAGCUGGCAGAAGUGCAAUACUACAGGAGCUUUCUCUUCAACGCUUACAAUUGGACCUGCUUCGAGCAUGCGGCGCCCGUUGGCUCAUGCGACAAAAAUCUAGUGCUGCGAGAUUUGCAAAAGUGCGAAGGAUCUAUAUUCCAAAAUACGACAUCUAAAAAGCCAAUUUCUUGCAGCUCUCUCUCCAUGGCUAACUUUCUGAACUGCGUGGAUAAAACCAACAUGAAGCUGGCCUGUAGUGCUGACCCGGAGAAAGUCUCAGGCAUUGCGAAACAAGCGCGAGAAAUUCUGCUCGACUACCGCGCAGCUUGUGGCUUUGACCACACUGCGACCUCCCUCGGCAACAAAUUUCUGUUGAACGAGUUUGAACGGUGUCAACUCAUGUUAAAAAAGUCUGAUCGCUUGCUCAAGUCGGCUCAGAUCCGUGAAACGAAAGUACUUGAUGCGUGCCGGUCUCUGCAGCUGUUUUCUCUAUGCACCGAAUCUGCUGUUAUACUCGGCAAGAACGUUGACAGCCCACAUGCAGCAGAAGUCCGCAACGCAUCGGAAGCAAUGGCUAGUAGCUAUGAGCUGAAAUGUGCGCCGAACGAGUGCAACCGGAACCAAGUUGUAGACGAUUUGCUGCGUUGCUUUCACUCAAGCGCUGUUUUCUCCAACUGCAGUGCGACGCUGAAGACCAACGCCACCACUCUGGCCGAGCCAUGCAUGACGGAGGUGUUCAGGGGCCAUGCCUGCGCCAGAAAAGUCGAUGUGGUCUAUGUCGCGCGAGAAGUGUUGUUGGCCAAGGUGGAAGCGCACAAACGUGACUGUAACAUGCUUAGAUCCCAGUACCGUCACUGCAGCCAUACGGAGUUUUCGAACUUCCUGCAGAAAUGCUACGAAACCUUUUUGAGAGAAGUUACCGGCAAGUCUAUAGCCACGCCCAAGUUCUGCAGAAUGUACCACAAGUACGCAAGCUGCGUCGACGAAGCGAGUGCUGAGACAUCCUGCUUCAAUGCGACCACGAUGCAAGCCCCGUACGAAGUCAGCCUGCGCAAUUUCACCUCAAAGUACGCGCAGGUCUGCACGCAGUACAUUCGCAGCAUGGAACACAACGACUCGUCGUCUACCGGGCAUCGCAAGGACAUCCAAGCCAAGCAUGCCUCUUCGGAUGGCGAGGCUUUCACUUCUAGCAAAUCGUCCUGGACUGUGGUCGUCUUCUGCCUGGCCAUGAUUAUGACCCCUUUUCUGUUGUCACCAUUCACAUUCCGAAACUUCACGUGAAACUUGUGCUUAGUGUUUGUGUGUGUGCGCAGUAAAACAUGUGUACAGUUUAA